AUGGUGAAAGACACAUUCUAUUACGACCUUUUGGCGGUCGAGGUGGAUGCUGAUGAGGUAAAGAUCAAGAAGGCAUAUAGAAAGAUGGCCCUCAAAUACCACCCGGAUAAAAACCCAAAUGACAAAGAUGCCGAAAAGAAGUUCCAAGAGAUUGCCGAAGCCUAUCAAGUUCUGAGUGAUCCGGAGAAGCGAAAGCUAUACGAUGAAAUUGGCAAAGAUGAAUUAACGAAGACUGGAGGAGCCGCUGAGGACCUUGGUCCAAGGGAGCUAUUCAGCAUGAUGUUCGGAGGUGAAGGAUUUGAACCGUACAUUGGAAAGCUAACACUUCUUACAGCUAUGUUUGAGGAAAUGGCAGCAGACCCUGAGGCGGAACCUGAGGAUAUAAAAUUCUCGGAAAGCCAGGAGAUUGGAGCUCACAAUCCGAACGCUAGCCAAAGUCAUCAUUCGAAAAAGGACAAGUUCGAUAUGGAAAAGAUGAAACAAAGACAAGAAGAGGAAGCCAAAAAAGUGGAAGAGCUCGCUAAGCAAUUGAUCGAGAAAAUGCAACCUGUUAUAGAUGCUUCUAGUCAUGGAUAUCUCAGCAACGAGUCGACGACCCAAUUCCAAAGCAAAGUAGCAAAGGAAAUUGAGGACUUGAAACACGAGUCCUUUGGUGUUGAUAUUUGCCAUACCAUUGGUAAAGUCUACCUUUUCAAAGGACAGUCUUUUCUGAAGUCUCAAAAAGCAUUCCUUGGUAAGUUCCACAAAAUGUCCUCCUCGCUGAAGCAGAGCCGCAACACCGUGAAGAAUGUCUGGUCGAUGGUUGCAACUGCUACAGAAGCACAAUCUGCUGUGGAAGCUAUGGAAAAACUGCAGGUGGAUGAGUCAAGCGCAAUGGACGAAUACGAGAGAGCAAAGUUUGAGAGAGCUAUGACAGGAAAGUUUAUCUCCGUUGCCUGGGUGUCGUCUAAAUUCGAAAUGGAAUCCACAUUGAACCAAGUCUGCUCGAAAGUCCUUAAUGAUAAAACCGUGCCACUCGAGGUCAGAAAAAUGAGAGCUGAAUUACUUGUAUUAAUGGGUGCCCUGUUCAAGAACGCUAGACGAGACCCGGACGACGAGAGCGAAGUGCAGAUGUUCGAAGAACUGAUGAGGGAGAGUAAAGAGGUGAAGGCCAGAGAUCUAAGAAGGGCAGCUUUGUCUUCAAGAGGAUCACCUCCGACGUCAACUCCAAGCGCAUCGAUUAAAACGGCCCCUGAGGAGAAGGCUGGUGAUUCGAAGCUGUCAAAGGAUAAGAAAGGUCUAUUUUCCAGAUUCCGCUGA